AUGGAUAUGGUGAAGCCGGAUUCGGUCCGGUCAUGGGGAUAUGCUGUUCCUCUCGGUGGCCGAAAGAAGACAGUCGGCAAGAAAGCGGCCCCAGCGAAAGAACAGGCCGAGAGCAAAGGAAAAGAGAAAAUAAUCUUCUCGGAACCGCCACAGCCAACGGAGGAGGAAGAGUCGGCCUCCACAUCUGAACGAACCGGAUCUGAAAAGACCGAUGAUGAAGAGCAGUCGGACCAAAGUCCCGACAAUGACAGUACGGGUGCAAAUCUUGAGACCACCGAAGGCGGUGAAGAAGGCGGUGCAGAAGGCAGUAAAGAAAUCUGUAACGAAGAGGAGGAGGAGGACGAAGAAGCAGAGGCCGAUAGAAUAACGCUCAAACUCCUAAAGGGCACUGAACAGCGAGCCGAGAAGAUUGGGGAGAUAUACCUGGAAUGGCACGAGCACCGGUUCGGCAAACGGUAUAGGGACAUCCUACCGGGCUACACAGACGAGGAAUGCCUCCAAAGACUGAAGGAAGUGGAGGACGUGGUCAUGGAUCUCACGAAAUCCGAUACCAUUGAAGAGGUCCUACACCGAACCUAUCUCUUAAGACCGCAAGCACAGCUGCGGAAGCUAACUAUACAGAUCCAGAAGAUUACGACACGGUUCGAAGAGGUAGCAUCGGAGGACACCUUAACACCGUUAGUGUUGGAAAGGCUUGAAAAAGCGAGAGGAGAACUCAUCCAAGAAAUUGACCGGCUGGAGGCGAGGUACGGACAAAGGGAAAUACCGCACUAUACAGCUCCCCAGAUCGAUAGGAGUCCAGCUCACAGUCCAACACCUCCGAGAGCGACUUCUGCUACAGAUGAAUCCGAUGAAAGGACGGACCCUCCUCACACCGGGCAAUCUCCACUUAAACAACCGGAAGUCUCCGAACCGGGUGUCACAAAAGAAUGGGUUAAGAGCCAAAUCGAUGAAGAUCAACGGGAAGAAGCAGUUCUGCGCAGCAAACACCUUAAGCGAACCGUAAUUUUGGAGGAUACGACCUCCGAGAUAAAAGAGAACUUUGCCCGGCUUGAAAGAGAGACCGAUGAACGAGUGACAGAAGUUACUAAGAAUCUAGUCGGUACAACACUUGAUAGGGUCUCCGAUCUUAAAAAGAAGAAUGCGGGUCUCAAGGACGAACUUAAGGCGCUCACCGCACAAGUUGCCGAAUUGCUCCAAGCCAAGAUGAAUGCGGAUGCCGCGGCUAUAGAGGAUGCGCUGGACGACGAAGCAAGAAAAGAGAAGGAGCCACCGCAACAUACCGAAGAGGAGGAAGCCGAGCGAAUUCGAAGGGCAGAGGCUAAGUUUCCAGGAUUUGCAAAGAAGGCAGCCGCUCAAGCUGCGAAGGAUGCUGCGCGGUUAGAAAGGGAAAGUCAGAGGCUAGAAAGCUUUGCGGCCGAUAACAAAAAGAAAAAGGCGGCCUCUUCCGUUUCAGUUCCGACAAAGCGAAAGAGGGAACCUUCAAAGAAAGUUCAAAUAGCCGACCUGCUGAAUGAGGUCACUGAGACGGUCAUUGAGAGUAUACCGUAG